AUGAAUGAAGCUGUGCCGCACGUAUCUGACUGGGCACCCGACUGCACCGACGAGGGUACUCUCCAACGAAGACUAGCAUUCAACGACCUUGGCAAGGAGGUCACGAUUAUGCUCGCCUGGAGUCCCAAUCUGGGCGGUCUCUAUGAGGACUUCUUUCUGAUAGUUUGGAGGGUCAGCAAAUUCGGGAAGUCGGGUCCAUACUGGGCUACUGAAACUCACACAACCCAGGCCCAGGUCGAGAGUGGGAAGGUCAUCAGCGCCGCGACCUCCGUCAAUAUCAAUAACAGCGAGAAAACAACCUUGACAAAAGCCAACAACGUCUAUCAUUUCUCUCCUCUCCCUCGCCAGUGCCAUAUAGUCAGGCUGCCAGAGGUGUAG